AUGGAGAAUACAAGGACUCUGGAAAUGCUGGAUGCCCCAGGCGUAUAUGGCAUCCCACCUACUUCGACCCAGACUUCCGUUUCAGCUCGAGCGCAGGAGGAUUUGUCUGGUCUUCGCGCCUCACAAGCAUGCAUAGCAUGCCGGCGACAGAAACGGAAAUGCGAUAAGCAAUUGCCAUCCUGUGCAUUAUGUCUGCGGAUGAGCAGGCCUUGUGACUAUUCAGACAGCACGCCUACACCAAACGCGGAUGACUUUGCGCUACUAAGGCAAAAGGUCGCAGAGCUAGAGAGUAGAUUGGAGGCCAAGAACACGCCAUGGGGAAGGACGAGCACGAUUGCUGGUGUGUCAUAUCAGCAUAAUGUCAAUCCUCCGCCGCCUAUCGCCUCGGGCUUUCCUACUAUGCUUCUGCUGGACUCAGAGGUAUUUCGAGAAAGCCGGAUGGACAUGACCAAGCCAGCCGUCGAGAUACCACAAAAGAUUCACAACACACUCGGAUCCAUAAUCGACAUGCGAGACGUUGUUGAACGCUACUUCGAGAACAUCCAUCUCUGGCUGCCUAUUGUCUCGAAAAAGCGGCUGAGUAUCAUGCUAGAGCAACCCAACCUCGAUCUUACCGCUGAUCUAGCUCUCCUACUUCUUUGCAUGAAGCUCAUCACGCGAGGCGACCACGAAUCGCCUGAAGAUGCUCAGUCGCCGCUCUAUUGGCUGUCCAAACGCUAUGCUAGUACAGUCGAAUUCAAUGGUCUGAUCACUUUGCCUUUAAUGCAAUCAAUGCUCCUCAUCACUGCGUACGAGAUAGGUCAUGCCAUACAACCUGCGGCUUAUCUGUCUAGUGCGCACUGCGCUAGGCUUGGUACUUUAAUGGGUUCAUGCACACAAACGAACAGGGGCAAUUCCAGCGUCGAGGAGACUGAGAUGCAGAACAUUGCGAUCCCGGGUAUGCGAGACGUAGCGGUGAAGGUGUUGGAGCUCAGCAAACUCAUUCGCGAACUCCUCGAGAAGAAGCCAGGGGCAGUAAGUCCUCUGAUCGCUGAUUGUAUCUAUUCCGCAACCUCGAUAUUCCAGUGGCAAGCAUAUGAGUUGGGUUUGGAGCAGGAUUUCAGCGCCUACAAUAUCUUGAGAGAGAUCUUGAGAGAUAUGAGCAGCCGAUGGGCUGUGGCUGGAGAGUAUCUCAAAAUACUUGAUGUAAUGAAGACCGUACUUUAUGAGGAGCAUUCUAAACUCUGA